GACCUCCCCACCCUGCUUCUCAUAAGAAGCUAUGAGGGACGAAGUUUGAAUGAACAGGUUGCUAAAUUCUGUCAAAUAUUAAAUUGUAGCAUGAUGCUUUAAGUUAUUCCAUACUUAAAGCAAUGCAGUCUGCUGAAUCAAAAUGUUCUCAGUCAAUGAUGUUAAAUCACUUCCAACUUAAUUAACCACCUAAUAAAUUGGAUAUAUAUUUAUAAACAGUAGGAAUAUUUUUCUUAAGGAAGUUUUUUACUGAUUAAAAUAUACUGUUAAGUAAAUUGCUUCAGCAUAGUGCUAUGAUUCUUGCUAAUUUUAAAUAAUAUUAAAACACUGGAAACAAUGGUCUAUCUCUAAACUUUUCAAAACAGCAUAAAUAAGAUAUUACUAAAUAGUUGAGUUUAGCAAUGUGAUUAGAAACUAACAACUUUAUCUGAAAUGUUUGUUUCUUGGAACAUGGCAACUAAAUCUGAUAAUCGCUUUUCCUCCAGCAGCCUCCAUCUUCAGAAUCGCCAACAAUUUCCCCUCAGUCUUCCAGCAGGCAUAGCUCAGGAAGUCACCAGCUCCCUCGAGGAUAUAUACCCAUCCCUGUGAUCCAUGAAGGAAAUGUCCCAAGGCAGCCAUCACAGGUCUAUCAUCAGGCACAGAAGAUGCCUUGCCCAGUCCAGCCAAGUGACUACCAAUCCCAUCAGCCAGUGUACCAUAAAAUUCAAGUGGAUGAUUUGGAUCAGAAGCCUCAGCGGGCGCAGUCUCCAUUCAGAGGGAUACAGCGAGGCUCAGCAAGUCGUGAAAGUUCACCUGGAAGGAUCCAGUCCCCAACACCAAUCAGAUGUUCUCCUCUUUCUCAGCAACAAGUGCCAACUGAAGAAGCACCACCACCUCUGCCCCCUGAUACCAAGCUUAAAAACAAGGCUGGUUCACCUGCAACAGAAAGUCCUGUCCAAAGUAUUCCCAUUCAAGUCACACGUGCAGAUGUAGAUACUAAGCCACCCCAGCAGGUACCAUUUUCUCCCAUUCAAGUCGUACGUCCAGAUGUAGAUACUAAGCCAGCCCAGCAGGUACCAUUUCCUACAGUCGAACAUGUUGAUAACAAGAUUCCAUGCCCUGAUAAAGCUGUUCCAAUAGAAGAGAAAUCUUUACCACAGGAACAUGAAUCAGAGAAGACUUCGGAAGUAGAUGAGCCUCAGAAACACCCAGGGGUCUUGAAGGUUGAAGCUAUUCUAAAUAGGGUACAAAUCCUAGAGCAUGAAGUUUAUUCCUUUCAAGGAAAGAAAAACGACAAAAAGUACCGGUGGAUAGAAGAAUACUUGACCAAAGAGCUCUUAGCCUUGGACUCUGUGGACCCUGAGGGUCGUGCAGAUGUUCGGCAGGCCAGGAGAGAUGGUGUAAGAAAAGUCCAGAAUAUAUUGGAAAGACUUGAACAGAAAGCAGAGGAUGUUCCAGAGACCACUCAAGGAGAUGAAUGUCAGCCAUCUUUCCAUGAAAGUAGUCCACUGUCACAGGAAAAAAUGGAGAUUGAUCCUACGGUGGAAAAUCUUGCUAAGGAUAUAAAUAAUGAAAAUGUCAAGGAGCAAAUCAAAAUAGAAAUGGAACAACCUGGAUCUAAAGAAGAAGACGUAGUCUCAAAUCUUGCUAAAGAAAGUUGCACAGCUAAAACUGCGGCUGAACCAUAAAGAGAGGCAACACUUAGUCCUUGGACUCCUUAAAUUAAAUGUGUGUUAAGCAAAUUUUAACUUGCAUGCAUUUCUAGAGCUUUGCACCAGUUGGUUUUUUAAUCAACAGCUUGGAUCACGGAAAACAGUUGGGGGGGCAGAAAUGGGUGCAUAAAAAUAAUGUUUAGCUUAUACUCUGUAUCUUGCUCAAAUAAUGUGUUUGAAAAAUAUCUUGUAAAAUGAUUGCUUUCAAUUCAACACAAUGAGUGAAAAAUGUUUUGUCAAUUUUAGUUAGCAGAAUUACUUUCAUAAAACCAUUACCUAUGUACAUCUAAAUAAGAUAUCCUUUUUAAAAACAGACACUCUUAGGGGAAAUGUUUUCACUAUUAGGCACUUUAAUGAUGUCUGGAAAGUGUGUUAAGAAAUUAUAGGGAUAUUUAUAUGUACUGUAUUGAGAACUUCAGUGCUAUAUUUUAAAUGAGAAAAGAAAUAAAACAGACUGUAAGAAGCCUGAUGAACCUGUGUGGUUAAUAAAUGAGAAAGAUGGCUGUAUAUUAUUUGUUUGC